AUGUUGGAACAAGAUACAUCACAUCACAAACCUCGUAAUUAUUGUAUUGCUAAAAAUUACCUCACGGUCAUUUUGAAGAUGUCUCAGACCACAAACCCAGAGGAAUCCAUCCCAAGAGAGAAUGAGCCAGAAGAACCAACUCCAGAUCCACAAAGUGAUGAAUUGCUUGAAGAGGAUGAAGAUGUUGCACCUUUGAAUGAUGACGACGACUACGAUUAUGAUGAUGACGACGACGAAGAUGAUGACGAUUACGACUACGAUGAUUAG